AUGGAAGCGAAACUAGCUACCAUAGGUGACAUCGCGGAACAGCGCUUUGACUUCGUCGUCGUUGGCGGCGGUACUGCUGGACUUACUGUCGCAUCCCGACUGUCAGAGAAUCCGGAUGUGACUGUCGCCGUGUUAGAGGCAGGAAAGGCUAGCUUCGAUGACCCCAACGUUUUGAAACCCGACGGCUUCAUGCAGCAGUUGAUGCGACCCGCCUAUGAUUGGGCGUUCUUGACAGCGCCGCAGAAGCAUUUGGGAGACAAGGUCAUGCCGUGGUUCAGCAACCACACAGCUCAGGGUGUUCAGUUUGAACACAAUGGCAGUCAGUACAAUGUCUAUGUGAACAAGGAUGUUAUACUGUCUGCAGGUGCUGUCAAGUCACCCCAGAUACUGGAGCUCAGUGGUAUUGGCAGCUACAAUAUCCUGAGUUCUCAAGGGAUACCUGUGAAAGUUGACCUUCCAGGAGUUGGUGAAAACCUCAGAGACAAGGUUACAAUUUCCAUUACACUAGAAAUGAAGGAAGGACAUGACAUUUUCAGUUUUAACUUGAUGGCCAAUCCUGAGUUUCAUCCAAGAUUGAAUGAGAUUUUCCCAGAUACAGCUGGAGAUUUCUCCAGUGUCAUUUCUGGGAUGACCUUUGUCCCUAUACAGGCACUGCCAGACAACAUUCAAUCCACAGUUCUCAGCUCAGCAGAGGCUUUCACCAAGAAUGCUAAACAGCAAGGGUUGUACACCAAGGUGCAUGAGCUGCUUGGGGACCAUCUCAAGAGUGCCAAAAUCCCAGACUUUGAGGUGGUUGUGACACCUUUUGUACCCUCAGGCCCUGAUCCCAAGAAGCCCUACAUUUCUCUUGUAGUGUGCCUUAGUCAUCCAUUCUCUAGUGGGAAUAUUCAUAUACAGUCUCAAGACCCCAAGAUGAUCCCACUGAUUGACCCUCAUGUCUUUGAGAACUCACUAGACCUGGACAUCUUGGUGGAAGCCUUCAAAUUCACCAGACAGGUUGUCCAGACAGCCCCAUUCUGUGAUGUGGUCUCCAAAGAGAUAAACCCAGGGCUUGAUGCCAGCACUGAUGAUCAGAUCAAGGCUGCUAUCCAGAAGAAUCUUGCUACAAUCUGGCACAGCUCUGGUACUCUGUCAAUGCUGCCCAAACAGGAUGGUGGUGUGGUAGAUAGCAAGCUCAAGGUCUAUGGCACAACAAACAUACGUGUUGUUGAUAUGUCCAUUGUCCCUGCACCUAUCAGCAGCCAUACUCAGGCUAUUGUCUAUGCUAUGGCUGAACAAGCUGUGGACAUCAUCAGGAAAGAGUUUGGGUUGUAG